GUCAAAGACUCAGAGCAGAGAUAGGUACAGUAAAGAAGCAGACACAGGGGCAACUAUACCAGAAUCGGUAUAUAGACAGAAAACACAGUAAGUUGUUGGAGAGGUCAUCUAUGCUUCGCCAGAUAUGAACAAGGUCACGUUUGACAGAGGUGAGAUGAAUGAGAGGAUUGUGGAUAUCUACGUCAGUGCAGACACCCUGAGAGACGGUGAGACCAGCACCAAGAGAGAAGAGACAGCAGACACUGCUCCUAAUAAUGGACCAGGAGACCAGCACUCAGAGCCUGAUAGCUCAGGGAAGAGACCCUUCCUAGUUGCUGCAGUGUUUCUGGGGCUGCUGUGUGUUCUACUGGCUGGGAUCAUAGGCCUGUCUGUCUACUAUAACAGAGUCAUCAAAGAUUCUGAGGAUAAAAGGAUCAACUUGUCACAGAGUUUAUCCCUUUAUAAAAUCAAUGCAACUUCAGAGAGAGACCAGUUACAGACCAGAUACAACAACCUGACUGAAGAGAGAGACCAGCUACAGACCAAAUACAACAACCUGACUGAAGAGAGAGACCAGCUACAGACCAGAUACAACAACCUGACUACAGAGAGAGACAGGCUUCAGAAUUUGCUUUGUGAAAGAACAUGUUGUUCAGACGGAUGGAAGAAGUUUGAAUGCAGUUGUUACUUCAUCUCCUCUGAGGAGAAAACCUGGGAGAAGAGCAGACAGGACUGUCUGGAGAGAGGAACAGACCUGGUGAUCAUAAACAGCAAAGAGGAACAGGAGUUUCUCUUCCACUUCAAGAAGAGAGUCUGGAUUGGUCUGACUGACAGAGAGACAGAGGAGACCUGGAAAUGGGUGGAUGGAACACCACUGACCACAGAGUACUGGUAUGACCCACAGCCUGAUAAUGCAGGUUCUACUGGGGAGGAGGACUGUGUUGAGAUACAUAAAGAUCAGAGUCCUCUGACGGCAUGGAAUGACUUGUCAUGUGACUGCAAACUGAACUGGAUUUGUGAGAAAGUUGCUUAACAUCACCAUACUGUAACACAUUCUCUCUCUCUCUCUCUCUCUCUCUCUCUCUCUCUCUCUCUCUCUCUCUCUCUCUCUCUCUCUCACACACACUCUGUCUCUCACACUCUCUCUCUCACACUCUCUCUCACACUCUCUCUCACUCUCUCUCUCUCACACUGUCUCUCACACUCUUUCUUUCUCUCUCUCACACUCUCUUCCAUUCUCUAGUGCAUAUCUUCCUGGUAUGAUCGUGUCCUGUCCAUCGUCACAAAUAGCCAGGCUGGACACACUGGACAGCUCUCAUAGAGACAUAGUGGUAGACUAUGGAGAUGUCUGUGUCUACUGUUUAUAUCAAUGAAGAUGUUAGAGGAAUACAGUGUGUUUUAGGGGACCAGUUUCACAAUAGAGCUAUAAUCUUAAAGAAAAUAGUGUACUUUUAUACCAUAUAUUUUUCUUGACACCCAGAAGUGCUCAUUACAUUUUGAAUGCUUAGCAGGACAGGAAAAUGGUCAAAUUCACACACUUAUCAACAGAACAUCCCUGGGCAUCCAUACUGCCUCUGAUCUGGUGGACUCAUAAACUCACAUGCUUCGUUUGUAAAUUAUGUCCAAGUGUUGGAGUCAGCUAUCCUUAAAUAAAAAUAAAACAAUUCAA